AGCCGAUGGCUACUUCCUGUCACCUGUGGCCGAGGGCCGUCAUCUAAAUCUUGUCUUGCUCUACGUCAAGUGAGGUUUACAUGGAGAAUGACAUAAACAUUCCUAUCACUAGUUCACAAUGCCAAAGGACAAAGACAGAUACAUGUAUGAUGUAAUUAUUGUUGGAGCUGGUUUAAGUGGAUUACAUGCAGCCCAGCUGUUAGUAGCAGAAGGCCUACAUGUACAGGUUAUAGAAGCCAGAGAGAAAACAGGAGGAAGAACUGAAACUAUUCGGAAGGAAAACAUAGGAUAUGCAGAAGGUGGUGCAGCUUAUGUCAGUAGAAAACAUGUGCAGGUUUUAAAGCUAGCAGAGGAGCUGGGGAUAAUGACAUAUUGUGUGGGUGGGUCUAACCUGAAGACUACACUGCAGCUUGAGAAAGACCGAUAUGUAUUUAAGGGUGACAUACCAUCCUCAUAUAAUCCUGUGGAGCUCUUGGAUCUGAAUCACAUGAUAAGAAGCUUAGAUGCACUCAGUCUGGAGGUCCCUGUGGGAAGACCUUGGGAUCAUCCCUGUGCAGACUAUUUGGACAGUGUCAGUGUUUCAGAGUAUUUGGAGAAAAACACCUGGACAAAAUUCGCCAAACUGCUUGGAGAGAUUGCAGCAAAAAGUAUAUAUAUCACAGAACCAGGAGACAUUUCAAUGCUGUUCUUUCUCCACACCAUCCACAUGUGUGGGGGGUUGGUGCAUCUGACCAGCACUAAAGAUGGCGCUCAGGAAAUGAAGUUUGUUGGAGGAUCAGGUCUGAUUUGUGAGAAACUAACUGCCAAGUUAAAUAUAAGUACUUACUAUUAUAGCAGAGAUUCUCGAAAUGACCUGUCUUUGAUCUCUUCACUAGACAGGAUACUUCAGGAGAGGCAAGUAACUGCCAUCAGACAGACGUCUGAAGCUGUGGAAGUACACUGCCAGCAGGGAGACAUCAUAGAAUGUAGAAGGGUUAUCCUGGCCAUCCCUCCAACUGCUGUAGACAAGAUACAGUUUGAUCCCCCGCUGCCCUCUGGUGUUAAAAAUGUUGUCAGUAUCGUUCCCAAGUCCAGCCAUACCAUCAAGACAUUUAUGUACUACUCGGCUCCAUUUUGGCGAGACCAUGAUCUGAACGGUCAGCUGAUAUCUCAGUCAGGACCUGUUACCUACACCAUAGAUGACACCAAGCCAGAUGGAACUGCACCAUGUAUCAUGGGAUUUAUUGAUGGCUUCCAAGCAGAUGAAUGUGCUAGCCUUGAUCUUGAAGAGAGAAAAACCUUGAUAUGCAAGCAAUAUGCAGCACAGUUUGGUCUAGAGCAGUUUCUCUCUCCAGUGUACUACAUAGAGAAAGACUGGCAUGAGGAGGAAUGGAAGAGGCUGACUAAAGGGAUGUGUGUAUACUCACUUCCACCUGGAGUGCUCACUAAAUGCAAAAGGCUCCACGGAGAUUCCUUCAACAAAGUUCAUUUUGCUGGGACAGAAACAGCCUUGACCUUUCAAGGUUACAUGGAGGGGGCAGUGAGAUCUGCCAAAAGAGCUGUGCUGGAGGUCCUAAAUGCAGAAGGGAAGAUGCCAAGUAAUGAUGCAUUAAAAAAAGGGGAAGAAGUGGAGUCCAUUCCUUAUCUACAACCAAACUUCCUGGAGAGAAAUUUACCAAGUGUGCCUCAGUUUAUUCUGGUACUUUUUACUCUGAUUGGGAUAGCAGUGGCUGCUACACUUGGUUUCUUUGUCCAUGGAUCAUAGUUACAAUAUGGGUGCAAUACUUGAGGAAACAUUCCCAAUAGGUUAUUGAUUAGACUUUUGAUUGGAUAAUUUACAUGUAAAAAAUUCCUAUAUUCUGUGCCAAUUUUUUUUAAAAAUGUGCUUCAUUUUUUUAAUAAGCAUACAUUUUGCCUCAUAGGGUAAAAGGCUGAUGUCUGUAAAGAAAUUAGCUAGGUAUUUAAAAUAUUGGUAUAAUGCAAAUUUUAAACUUUAUUUUAUGAUGUCACCAUGUGUAUAUUUUAUGAUGGU